AUGCCUUUCCCAAUCCUUCCUCCUCCUCCUCCUCCUCCUCCUCCUCCUCCUCCUCCUCCUCCUCCUCCUCCUCCUCCUCCUCACCACCUCCCCCGUUCUCCAUCUCGCCGCAUCACAGCAUCGGCUCUACUGAGCAUCAAGUCAUCGCUGGGAGUCACCGACACCACGUGGGUCGCUGCCUCUUCCUGCACCGACGACUAUACUGCCAUGAGCCUCCCCGGAACCUGGAAUGGCGUGCGCUGCUCCACUUCUGGGGCCGUCACGAGUGUGUGA